CGUGUGCGCUGCCGGACCGUAGCGAGGAGCAGCGAUAGGGUUUAGCGGUGGCGCGGCUCGUGCUGCUCGUGUGUGCCAUAGGAGCCACUGCCGGACACGACACGAUCAGAGUAGUGCGCGUUCGUUUACAAGAUGGCAGACGACGGUCUGUCCGCGGCGGAGGACGCGACCGCAUCGGCGACGGAAUUGGGGGACGGUGAUUCUCGCGUGACGAGGGAGCGGCACAAACGCCCGGACGCCACCGCGCCGACCGCGACUCCGGGUCCGUUCUCGUCGGGUCAGGACGUUUCUUCCGCGAAGCGCGUCAAACACGAGGACGCUUCUUCCGCGUCUUCAUACGAGGCAGACGAUCAUCGUCGUCCUCAUCACGAUCGCCGUCAUCAUCAGCAUAAUCCUCCUCGUCAUUCUUACCAUCAUCCACCAUCACCACCUCAUCAUUAUCAUCACUUUAAUCUUUAUCGCCAUCACCUUACCAAUCAUCGCGACAACGACAACGAUCGCGUUAGUGACGAGUACGGCAGUGGUGAUGCCACGGUGACCAGUGGUGGUGAUUCGUCGUCGUGCGUCGACGCGACUGGGCCAGCCGCGAGCGACGACGACGAGGAGGAGAGCGGCAACGGCGGUGGCAUCGGUGUCGGAGCGCCCUGCGGUGGCGUCGGCGUCGACGGCAGUGGCAGUGGCGGCGGCGGCAGCGGCAGUGGCAGUGUCGGUCUGUACCACCUUAGAAUCGAGAUAGUCCGAAGCGUCGCGAAGGUGGACGACGAUCACGAAGACGACGACGACGACGACGGCGGCGGUGGUGGCGGCGGCGGCGGCGGCGGCGGCGGCGUCGAUAGUGACUGCGAGGGUGAUAGUGGUGGCAGUAAUAGUUGUAUUAGUAAAAGUGGUGCUGGUGGUGUCGCGGUAAUCAUGACCGGUGAUAAUAAUAAUGCGACGACGCGCGUUGGCGUCGGUGUCGAGGAUGCCGACGCGGCCGACGAUUCGUCGUCGUCGCGACGCUCAACGUCGAGCGCGGACAGUGUGCCGGAAGUGAACGACCGCGGGGAUCACGACGGCAGGAGGAGAGCGAGCGUCGAAACUCGGGAAUUGGAAUCGGUCGAAGAGAUGAGAGUGGCCGAAGACGCUGCCGCGACGAAGAAGGCGGACAACGACGGCGUCGCUGCAGCCAGACACCAGGACAGUCCGUUCAAGGGACAGGUUAGGAUGGCCGAGGACACUCUCGUCGGGCCCUGCGGCAAGAAGCGGUGCGCGGAUCGAUACGACAGCUCCGAGAGCUCUGACAGUGGCGUCGCAGUCUCGUGCGGAGAAUGCAGCAGCAGCGGCACCAGCGAUAUCACUGAACCAGGCUCACCGUGUAGCACCAGCAGCGAUGAAGGGGUAGCAGCGGUACGCGGGACAUCCGGUAGCCCGCUGCCGUCCCUACUCAAGCUGGCGCCGUCGUCGCAAACCGGCACCAGGCCCCAGUGGCCCUGGACCCCGCCGUUGGCAGCGACGGCUUGCUCCACCACGACGUACAAAAGGCUGAGGGGCGAGCCUGAAGCCGGCGCCCUUCCGCGCUCCGGCGCCGCCGACCCCACGUCCAGGGGGCGCAAAGCGAAUGGGAAGACCGCCGGCGGUCAGCACCACCACGAGUCUCAGGGCAAGAUCACGGAGUACUUCAAGACGCAGAUCAAGCCGCAACAACCGAAGAUCAAGAAAACGAGCGAGACAAUGUCGGUGCUGGUAGCAAAGAGUUCGUCGGAAUUCCGGAGGCCACCCACGGUGCAGAGAAACAAGGGCGGUCUCGCUAAAUACUUGGGCACCGUGUCAUCGAACCAGAGCCGCGGCACCUCGACGAAUGACUGGGAGGUGAGAACGCUGACGUCGCCGUCGGCUGCCGUGAAGAAGCCGCCGUUGGUCAUCGUGCCAAGAAUCAAUGGCAAGAUGGAUAAGAAGCUGCCGAAACCGCUGCCAAGUCUGCCGAUCUCGAACAAGAUCUCAUCCCUUAGAUUAACUUCGGAUGCGAGUAUCAACGCGGCCAAGUGCAGCUCUCCGCCAGCUGCCGCCGACUCGCUGCUGGGUGAGACUGUGCCGUUGGACUUCAAGGGCUGCAUUCUUUCCAAACCGCAUGUGAACGAGAACAACAAUCUCACGAACAGCUGCGGGAGUAUCCUGGGCGCGCUGAGAUCGCAGAGCGGCCACGACACUCCCAUCUCGAGGCUGUCCUCCUCGCCGUCGAAGGAGGACGAUAAGAGCGAGGAGAUCCAAACAACACCGGUCGACGAGGAUGACGUGGACGAGGAAGACUCCCGGAGUAGCGAAUCGAAGCGGUCGCUGUCGCCCAUCCUCUCGGCGCCUACCACCAUUCGAUUUCCGGCGCGAGCGCCCGAAAAAGAUAGGUCGCAGGCUACCGAUAAUGGGAUCUGCCGCUGGGACAAGUGCGAGGCCAGUUUUGAGUCUAUUAGUGGUCUUCUCGAACAUCUACAGGCUGCACAUAUUAACACGCAAACCGGCGGCGACAAUUUUGUUUGUCAGUGGCAGGGAUGCAAAGUGCAAGGAAGGACUUCGUGUUCCCGACGAUGGCUGGAGAGACACGUUUUGUCUCACGGCGGCAAUAAACCCUUCCGAUGCAUCGUCGACGGCUGCGGUUGUCGAUUCAGUUCCCAGACUGCUCUCGAGAGGCAUGUAAAUGGUCAUUUUAAUCAGCCGGAAGCGAGCAGCAGCAACGGAAGACGUAGUUGUGAAAGCGGCGGCAAGCUUGUUAGGAGGAAUGGCAAGAAGCUUAGAUAUAGGCGGCAACCUUGGUCUGCGAGGCUUUUCGAUUAUUUCGAUUCGGGAAUAAUGGAGGGUCUCCAGCAUAGGCUGCAGGAACUAGCGGCAUCGAGGACGCAGAGGCAACUAGCUAAGACGCCAGGAAACUCGAUGGCACUAACUAGUCAAGUUUUAGCGAAGAGAGUGGAGUUGGACGGAAAGACGAAAGUACUGCUGCGGUGGUAUCCCCAAGAUAUAGAACCGGACGAAUGGGUACUGGAAUCCGAAGUACAAAGCACGAAGCACGUGGAUAUUCGCAAAGCAGCCGCGAGCAGUCCGGAUGAGGUGAAUUUGGCUCUCUAUCCCGCGAUAAGCGGCCGCGCGCCACCGACGACGCGAGUGAAGCAGCGCCGGAAACCAGUGAAGAAUUCGUGAUAAUGCCUGCCGAUCGGCCGGAUACCAGAACAGACCUAACGAACUAUCUUACACCUGAGCCAGUGAAGAACAGUGCUAUCGCUGGCACAAGCGACACACAGUGUAUACGCUUCCUGGUCGGUGAAGACGAAGGUCGCACCGAUGCGGCCCGAAACAACCCGAACGUAUCGAGAGAGCGGAAAUCGCUUAGGAAAUAAUUCUUCUAAUCUAGGAGAACGACCAAUCCUUACGAGUGCAGACCGAUUAGAAGAUAAGAAUCGUAAACGUUGAACGGAAAUCGUGAAAGAUAAUAAGUUCAGGAUGAACCGAGUAGUACACAGUAGCGAUAAGAAUUAAAGGGCACAGCAAGAGAAAGGACGGGGGAGGAGGGAUACGGUCAUUCGUCCCUCCGGCGAGAGCGUUGCUGUUCGUCGUUGUUCAUCGAUAGAUACAUCUAUCAACGUGCUUAUUCUACACUGAUCCCUGCCACGAGUACCUCGCACACUUCGCAGCUCGUCGGUCUCGGAAGCGCUAAGUCUGGGCCUCGAAAGUGCCUCACCGUGGAUACGUUUUGUUCCGUCUUCUACCGCCGAUCAAAAUUCCAAGGAUGGACGCGCGGUGGGAGCGGUGAUAAUGUUAGUCGAAAAAAAAAAGCGAAAAGAAGGAAGAAAGCAGCGAAGAGGAGCUUUUUGUGUAUUUGUUUGCCAAUGGAAACCGAGGGAGCGCACAGACAAAAUAUUUAAGCGGUAGUUAACAAUUUAUAAAGAGAUAAUCACUCUGGUGGCCUUAAGACUCAACAAUUAAUAUCUAACAUUGGCUCCUUGGCACUUCCGGGAACUGAUAAUAUCUUUGCGAUCUCCGACGAUGCCUCGAAGAAAAAAAGGGAGAGAAAGAAGAUUCGUCUACCUCGAUUUACAACUUGGUAGGAACUCGCGCCGGCUGUCGUCGUUCGAUGACACGAAGGAGGACGAGGGAGGAGGAGAGACGGGAAAGGAGGAAGAGGAUCGUAGACAGCGCGAAGCGGACGCAGAAGACUGUAUCGAGAGACGAAGGAAGAUCGCGGGAGGGAGUUAGGCUGUUAGGUGAGAAUGAAAGAGUACGAAUGAGAGGGAAUGUGAACGGAGAGAAAGGGAGAUUGAAUGGUGUUGCUCCGAACCCGCCGUUAUUUCCCUGAAUGGGGUUGACAGUCUCCCAGACUCGAGAGCUCGGCACGAACUUGAAAGAUUGCGGUAUUAUCGGACGACACACACGCCACCACCGAGAUUUCUAUCGAGAACUGAUUUCUCUCUUUGUCCCCUUUUUGUUGGAACAGAGAGAGAGAGAGAGAGAGAGAGAGAGAGAGAGGCGAUGUACAAAACGAAAUUAAAGAAGAGAGAUAGUAAUUUUCAAGGCCCGAGGCACGCCCGAGCGAGCUCUCGCGGAGCGAGCUAACGCGACGUCGAGCUUGCCUCGUUUUAUCGCACCGAAAACGUGUUCGAUCGCGUGUAUUUCAUCGCGUUAUUUUUAUCUUUCUGCUGAGUCUCAUGUAGCAUGUUGGCGUACGCUCAUGCUAAGCUUGAAGAACGCGCGGUCCACUUUGCGAUUUGACAAAGAGAUUUGACAACGGGAGUAGCUGAACAUGCUGCACGAUCGCGACCGAGAUGAGCUGUUACCCUCAAAAGGGGUAAAUUUCGAAGGCUGUGUUACAUGUCCCACGGAGUUAUCUCGAGGAGAGUGAACAAGAUGUGAACGUGCGCCGUGUCGUCGUUUCCGUCGCUCGCACAUCGACCAUCGCAGUCGCAAGAACGGAACGAGCAUCAUUUUUUGCGACUGCGAAUAUUUGUGAGCAUUGCGAAACGGCAACGCGGUCGCGCGUAUAUACAUAACGUAGCGAAAUAAUGAUUCGUGUAAAUUAAAGCUCGUGAAAGUCGUGUGUGCUGAAUGAUGCGGGAAUGAAAGAGAGUGACGGGUGAGAGAUUGGGUGAGAAAAUCUGGAUGGACGAAAGAGAGGGAGUGCGAGAGAUCGAGCGAGUGAGAGAUGGUGACGCGCAUGGGACACAUAGACAAGACAGACAAAGACGGAACGUCAUUACAUACACACCAGCUAAGAAACACUGCCAAUACGAUUGUAAUUAAGAGUUCUACGAUAAUUAACCGAUAAUUAAUUAUUCUUACUAUUAUCAUAAAGUACGAUUGUAAGUGUAUAAUCGAAUAGAUCUCUAGUUGACGCGCGGGGGUGAAUGCGUAACGAGUCGCGGCUAAUUCGUGAACGCGUCGUCGUCGUCGUUGUUAUUCACGCCGCCGGGACAAGUGUUUUAAAGAAUUUACUUUUACAAUUAUUUUUUUUUUCUUCUCGAAUCCCACCCACGUCAAGGUGUCCCGCGCGUGUACGCGGCGCGCAUCGCGAAGUCGCAAGUUGUAAAUGUAAAUACUUAGUUGAAAUUAUUGUAACGAAACGGCAUAUUACACGAAUCCUGUACUCGGACUUGCUGCUCGCCGUUCAAGCUGCUCGCGAGUACCGAAGGACUAACUAAAAAAAAAAAAAAAAGAAGGUAAAUCUCUUUGCAUUCGUUGAUUUUCGAGCACAGUGUUCCCGCUAGGAUGAUACGUACACACGGCGGCAAAGGCGGGUGAAUUCUUUCUUCCUUCGCAAGAAAUCGAGAGAUUGACACCGGGAAAUGUAAACGCGUUACUGCCAAAAUCACGCACUGCCAGCCUCAUCGUUUUAACGGCGCGCCUCUAACGUAGUAUCUCUCUCUAUCGCACGUGCGUACGCGUGCUUUUAACAAUCUUGUUCGUCGGCGUUUCCCUUUAUACACGUACACGUACACACGGCUUGGCCAUCGGGUAGCCACCGAAUUAGUUAUUCGAAUUUACACUCUCCGAGUUGUAUCGCCGUUCUUGAAAAAAAAAAUCUUUGUUAACAAACACUGGAUUAAUUUAAUUACUGAAUGUUCAAUUUAUGAAUUUAAAUUUGAUUUUCAUACACAUUAAAUGACAUUUGCCAUGUUUGUUAGCUUAAAGUUAGAUGCACUCUCUCGUGCACGUUUAAUCUUAAAAAGUGAGUUGCUUAAUGAUUUCUAAAGAUUUAAGAUCGGCGAUAUUCUCCGAGCGCUCACGGAUCGCGCACUGCCAGACUUCGUCGAGCACAUAAAUCAAGGUACUGCCAAUGACAUACAAAACAGAAUGAGUGAAAAGAAGUGCAACGGGCUCUGUUCAACAGUCCAGGUUUUCCGUGCUUUAAAUCGAUCUGAAACAGCUCCUCAGUGCCAUACAAGGUCUCAUGAGGAAUCAUCGCGCAUUCAUCAGCGCGUAUCGCUUCAAAUUUCAGUUGCGAUGAAAUAUAGAAAUAAGAUGUUUAAGAAGUAAGGAAUAAUAUGAAUAUACAUAUAUAAAUAUAUUAUAUUAAUUUAAAUAUUGAUAUAUAAUGAUAUUUCAUAUUGCAUUAAGUAACAUGAUUUGGCAGACAUUGUUUUUUAAAUAUCUGAAAAAUUAUUUAAAUGACGUCCAUCGGCAUUUUUUUAUCGUAUUAAAAAAUUAAUUGAAUUUCUAUAUUUAUUCCUUGCUUCUUAUAUCUUUUUGUUUUAGAUUUCAUUGCGUCUCGCGACCAUUUCAUGUUCAUCGCUUUCGUUUUUUUUUUGUGGCGCGAUCUUUGCGCCGAUCGCUAUUUCCAUCUUUUCACUUUGCCAAUUUUCUGUCACAAGAUCUCUGCUCGUGCAAAAUGUAUUGUCGCUGCCAGUGUCGAAAUUACGUCGAUCGGGUAAGGGACCAAUUUUUUAAGUAAAUAAAGACUUAUCUGCCAUUUCUGGCACAUUAUUUUGUUCAGAUAGUAAUUAUUGCGAAAUCUUUAUUGGCAAAGGAAACCAAUUGGAUCGAUCGUGUUUCGAAGUUUUACAAUUGAGAUGCGAGUUUACUUAGAUAUUAAUUUAUUUUAUUUAGAUACUAAUUUAUGAGAUUUAUUGAAGAACUAAGAGAGCAGAGGUUCCAUUAGAUAUUAAGUAGUGUAUUUUUUUCGUAAUAAUCCUUAUAAGUGCAAAAGUGAAACGAUAGAAAUGGUCGUCGGUUUUGGAUCGCGCUUGAUCUCGCGGAAUGGAAGAACCGCAACAAAUCAUAGAAAAAGAGAUUAAAAGCACUUCAAAAGUCUUUCCAAUUGUAUUAUGUAGCCCUCGCGGUGUCAAUUUAAAUUUGAGCAAAUCAGCAAUACAAAAAUCAUGCAAAAGUACAAAAAAUGAAUUAAGUUUUGUGGUAACAUUUGAACUCGGUAAAGUACUUUAGCAAUCUAUAACGAUAAGUUUACACUUGAUUUGCGAAUAUGAUUAGGUCGCACGUAUUAUAUAAUUAUGUAAUUGGCGAGUUUAAUUCCGACUUUAAGUAUUGUAUCUCUUUGUACGUCAUGUACUUUCCUUUUUUGUAAUUAAUCGUGAUUAAGAUUUAUAUGCGUCCAAACGUCACUAGCCAAGGAAACGAAACGACUGCAUUUAGUUGAAAGAUUUUUUUUUCUCACACUUUUGCGUGGCGGUCGUUCGUCACAUUUUUAACGCGUUCGAAUCGGCAACGAUGAAUAAAUCUUCCUCUGUAAACGUGAAAGGUGGUAAAAACAUAUGCGGCUUAGCCGCACGCAUGUAACUGUAGCGUCCCACGUUGUUCAUAUAUACCAUUGUUCAUAUCGGCCUGCUAUUCAAUUCUAAAUUAUCGAUAUAGAACUUUUACUAAUAAUAAUAAUGCGAAAAAAGAGACGGAAGGCUGAAAGAGAAGUGGGGGCAUACGUAAAAGCAAUGUAAACGAUUUGUAUACGCUUUUCUAGUGCACGAAGAGUGAUCCGAAACGGAAAUCACCCCCAUUUCCAUAAUUUCUGGUGUUCUUUUUUUUAUACAUAUUCGUGCGUUUUUUGUUUUUGUAGAAUUAAACUUGAAUCCACGCGAUGCUGCGUAAUGCACUAAAUGAUAAAUGGAUGUACGUUUAAAGAAAAUGCUGUAAAAUGUUCUGUAAGCUAAUUAGGUCUGUAUUAGAAAAGGAAGGAAACAAGAAAAAAAUAUAGCGAAGCGAAAUACACGGAUUCUUUUUUUUUCUAUCGCAUUUUUGGAAAGAACUUUGCUAUAUACAUACACACAUACAUCUACACACACACAAAUAGAUUAUACUCCGUAGAUUUACUUCUUCUUUUUGACGGUGCGUGCGAGAACGAAAGAAAGAGAACAAGGGAGAGAGAAAGAGAGAGAGAGAGAAACUAGCGAUAAUUAAUAAAGAAAUGAUAGGUGUGAAAGCGGAAGAGAAAAUGAGGGGAAAAGAAUAAUGUGUGUGUGUGUGUGUGUAAGAAUGCGAGAAAAGCAUGGAGAGGUACAGGAAUUCUGUGGUUAUCGUAUUUUUGCAAAAAGAAGAAAGCACAGACAAAAGGAAUACGAAAAAAUGUUUCACCUGUGAGAUUCUCUCUAUUGAUCUAUCAUGACUCAAGCUUGUAUUUUACUGAAUAGUUGUAUUAAUAUUACAAAAUUAAAAGAUUCUUUUCAAAACACAAGUCCACGCGAAAGUUGAAGAAACAUGUGCCGCAAUAACAUGCCAAAAUUCAACCAAAAACGAAAAUGUUUAAGCUUUGAACGAUUACGAGUCAUCAAUUACAAUUCAAUGCAUCCAAACUUUCUCUUUUUCGAGAUACGAGAAAGAAAAUGUAAAAUGUGCAUCAGUUCAAAAUUGUGCAAAAUUGCACAUAAAUAAAACUUUCGCGUGAAUUUACAUCGUGUAAAAAUUGAGAGAACAUAUUUCUAUGAAACACACGUAAACUCGAGGAUCUCACAAGGUAUUGACAAGAAGAAACGAGUGAGAAUUGCACGUUGCAACGUGUGUUUAAGAGCUUGGCGCGGUUUCUCAGUUUUCAUCAGUCUCAGUCGUUGGCGUACGAAAUCAAUCGUAAGAGCGUGUCGGUAGAAGUUACAAGGCUUGUAAAUGUAUAAAGGAAAAUAGCAACCGGUCGACCACGGUCGCGUCAGACAUUAUUUUGGGCGCACGGCGGGGUAAGAGUUCGAGAAUACAAUUUUCGACAGAUUUCUCGCCGCGCCUCGAAAUUGUAAAUAAUUGAAUGUAACGCGAUAUACAAAGACUCCCCGAGAUAUGUGCAUAAGUAUAUAUAUAGCUUAUUACAGAUAUAGUGUUUGCAUUUAUUAUAAAUUCUAUGUAAAAGCGUGACGAGAGAAUCCAAGCGAUCGCGACGAGGGCCGCUUAAAUCCACCUCUUAGCGAAACGUUAAUUUGCGUUAAUCAGUAUUAUAAGUACAUUUCUGUUGAUUCCUUCCAAAGAAUUCUAUAAACUCGCGCAUAUUUUUAUUAUUAUUAUUUAACGCGUCAAACUUAUUAAGUCGAUGAAUUUUUUUUUUUUAUAAUUCCCUAUAUAGUGAUAGAAAAAGGAAUAUCAUUACGACGGACGUGUCCCCAUCGUGUUUUGUAUUGUGUUACUGGAUCCUUCGAUGAUUGAUGAUCUAAUUUCGAUCGUGACCCCGCGAGAUCGCUUCAGUUAGACAAGUGCUUGUAUUUGUAUAAAAGUAGGAAAAUAUAUUGCAUAAUUUAAAAUAAUAUGGUUUAUAGCGUGUAGAGAGAAACUCGAAGUGCGCGCGCGACGAUGAAAACUGGCAAGCCUACCCAUCGAUUUAAUUUCUAAGUUAUCUCGCGAGCCCUUCAUAGAUACUUUCGCACGGGAAAAGGGAAAUGAUUUUUUCUCUCGCUAUGAACGAAACGACGAGAAUCAAACACGACCGAUCGCAGAAUAUAUCAGUCCGGAUCCGGCCAAAACGAUCUCAAGACUUCUCGUCGCUUCGUCAAGAUAUCGAUAUAGCGUUUCUCAUAUCCGACAAGACUCGACAAGACUCAAUAUCGCGUGACGAAAAAAAAAAAAAAGCGGAAGACGCGGUAGAAAAGAAGUACGGUUGUUUCGCACUGCCAAAUAAUAAUAAAAAGAAAAGACAACCUGCGUUCAUUGUGUGGAUCGACCGAUCGUUAAAAGCACCGCCGGUGUUCAUUAAUCCACAUAGUGGUUCUACGAGAAAAAAAGAAAAGAAAUGCGAAAUAAUAGCUAAGAGAGAAAUGCGCGCGGGCGGGAGCUUUUUCCGAAGCCCGAGCGCACGAGCGAAUGAAAGGUGAAUAAGAGAGAAAUAUCCGAGCGUCGAACAGUGCUUUGUCUUUUUGGAUACUUUCAUGUACAAACACGAAUGAUGGUUUAUAGCUCAAGAACAUUAAAGAGAUAGAUAUUGUAAGAGAAUAAUAAUAAUUUCACGGUUACGAUAUCGUA